CCAGCCUCUGAUAAGCCAGGAAAGUGCCUGCUCUGCUCUGCUCUGCUCUGCUGGGAAGUCAACAUAGCUGCUUCAUUUCUGCUCUCAUUCUGUGAGGAAGAGGGCAGACUGCAGGGACACUGCCCAGUUGUUUUAUUCUGAAAGCGUUUAGCAUUGUUGAAGGAAACAACUGGACCAGAGAAUGGCAAAUACCUAUGUCACCACGUCUGAUGGGUACUACCUCGCUGAACCCACACAGUAUUAUGAUAUUUUGCCAGAACAACUCCAUUACCAGCUAUGUGACACAGAUUUCCAAGAGCCACCCUACAGUCAAUAUUCUACUGCUCAGUUCCCUCCUGCUUUACAGUCCCCGUCUUUACAAAGCCAUUUCAGCACAUAUGGCUUGGAGCCACAGUACAGUGGUGGCAGCUGGUGCGGACUCGAUACCCGAGAAUCUAGCCAGUCCACUUAUGUGGUUGUGCAUGAUGAUGAAGAUGAAUUCCCUGGGACACAAAGGUGCAGACCGACUUGUUCUUUACGCUGGAAGGGACAAGAUGAGCUCUGCAUGGUCUGUGGUGAUAAGGCGUCAGGAUAUCACUACAAUGCACUUACCUGUGAGGGCUGCAAAGGUUUUUUCCGACGUAGCAUUACCAAAAAUGCAGUGUAUUCCUGCAAGAACGGCGGCCACUGUGAAAUGGACAUGUACAUGCGCAGAAAGUGCCCAGAGUGCAGACUGAAAAAGUGUAAGGCGGUGGGGAUGUUGGCGGAAUGUUUGCUCACAGAGAUCCAAUGUAAGUCAAAAAGACUUCGCAAGAGCUUUAAGCACAGGCCGACCCUGUCCUCGGCCAUCCAAGUGGAAGAUGAAGGAACAGACACGAAACACGUGUCAUCCACCUCCAGAUCUGGAAAAGGGGCUCAGGACGACAUGACUCUAACUGCAGAGGAACGUCGCCUUCUGAAUACCAUAGUGACUGCUCAUCGAAAGUCCAUGGUUCCUGUAGGGGAAAUAAGUGCACUUCUGCAGGAGUAUUCCAACCCCGAACUAAGUUUUUUGAGACUCUCAGAGGCAUCAAUCCUGCAUGCGAAUUGGCUAAUGAAAUUUACCAAGGGACUCCCAGGAUUUGAAAAUUUAACUGCUGAGGAUCAGACUGCAUUACAGAAAGAGUCAAAAACUGAAGUGAUGUUUCUUCAUGUAGCCCAGCUUUAUGGUGGGAGAGACUCAACCUCUGGAAGUACUGUGAGACCAGCAAAGCCCUCAGCUGGGACACUGGAGGUGCAUAAUCAUAGGGGUGAUGAAUGUGUUUAUUCUUCGGAAAACUUUUUCAAGGAAGGCUACCCUUCGGCCACUCUAACCGGUAUUACUAGAGAAUUCAUUGCUUCACUGUCUUACUUCUACAGAAGAAUGAGAGAACUUAAUAUAACAGAUACUGAAUAUGCUCUGCUUACAGCGACUACAGUGCUUUUCUCAGAUCGUCCAUACCUUAAAAAUAAGCAGCACGUAGAAAACCUACAAGAACCAGUCCUGCAACUUUUGUUUAAGUAUUCAAAAAUGUAUCAUCCAGAAGACCCACAGCACUUCGCUCACCUCAUAGGGAGGCUUACUGAGCUGAGGACUCUGAGUCACAGCCACUCUGAAAUCCUUAGCACUUGGAAAACAAAGGACCCCAGGUUGGUUAUGCUAUUCUCUGAGAAAUGGGAUUUGCACUCACUCUAUUGAAAAUUUAGAGUCAACACUAAAGGUUUGCCUUAAAAUGUCAAAAUCAAAAUUGGAUGAAUGAUUUGAAAAAUGUGAACAAAUCCACUGAGUUAUCAUACAUCGCCAUGGAGACCUUAAGUGCUCAUCACGUGGACUUUUCAACUCUUAGAUGAACACUCCAGGAUUCUUCUCAAGAUUGGAUGCAAAGGAAAAAAUAAUGGAGCUAUGUGGUGGCACAGUCUCUAUACUUGAGAGACAGAGGCAAGAGGACCUUACAUUUAAGGCAGUCCUGGGUGAUGUAAUGAGACCUCAUCUCAGAAGAAGAAAGAGAAGAAUUAAUGGCCAUUGUUUUUUCUCGAGUCCUCACCUGAAGAAACUAUUUUUUUGUUUAGUUAAAAUACAUAAUGUAUAGAUGUGAACAAAGGUUAGUUAUGAUUAGGAUAAGGCAGUUUGUGUGCCUCACCAAUUAAGGAUACACGAUGGAGUAGAAGCCAAUGCUUAGAACCUCUGUUUCAUGAGUGACUAAAGAAGAACAAAACCUUUUCAAAUUGUAUCUGCUUUGUAUUUUUAAUAAGUAUGUGCUAAUUGCACAGAAUGGUAGUUUCAUUAUGAAAGUUUCAUACAUAUAUAUUAGGUAUUUCCAGCGUAUUUGCCACCCACACUGUGCUCUCCACCCAAUACCAGUACCCUUCUCAUCCCCCUAAUAUUUCCCCUUCCCCUUCCAUGCCCUAAAGCACCAGAUUCACACAUGCAAGAAAAUAUUCGAUUCCAGUCUGAGUCUGGUUUGUUUCCUUUGACAUGAAGAUAUCAUCUAUUUCUCCUGCAAGUGACAUAUUUUCAUUCCUCUUAAGGACUGGAUUGUGUGUGUAUAUCUGUACAUAGCACAUUCUAUUUAUCCAUCAUCUGCUGACGGCACCUGACUGGAUUGUGUGUGUAUAUCUGUACAUAGCACAUUCUAUUUAUCCAUCCAUCUGCUGAUGGCACCUGACUGGAUUGUGUAUGUAUAUCUGUACAUAGCACAUUCUAUUUAUCCAAUCCAUCUGCUGAUGGCAUCUAGUUUGAUUCUGUACCUUGGCCACUGUGAAUUGAAAGACCAGGAAAAAUUCAGACCCCCUAGCAAACAGAGUAGAGUCAAAAAUGUAGGUCAGCCAGUUCAGUGACUCUGUUCCAGGAACUGGCUGACCAUAAAAGUUAGAUUAAAAUCUUAAGAACAAUCUUGAGAAACAGGAAGCUUCUCCUUGUGAUUUUUCACUGGUAUUCUCGACAUUUUCCAAUGACGCCAUCCCUACCCCCUUGGGUUGUGGUUUCCUCCUUUAAAUACCCCUUCUCCCAGAUACUCGGGGUUGAACUCCUCUACCCCUGCGUGGGAUACGAGUCUCGACCCCAGUGCACUGGUUCCUAUCAAUAA